AUGAAAAAAAAUACACCAGUCAAAUAUCGAUAUCUAAAAACCGGCGAGUCAAAUGUAGAACCAGAAGAACAGAAAGACGACGAAGAAGUCCGAAUACUGGAUCAAGUUCGAGAAAUAUUCAUCGAAGGUAACAAUCGAUUAGAAUACGAUGAUUUCAUCGAACUCCAAAUUCAAGCGUGGAUUUCCGAUAAAGAUACAACGCCCCAAAAUAUAUUCAGCUUAGCAGAAAAACGACAAGAUCAAAGGAAAUAUUGGACAUUGUUGGCAUUCUUUAAUGUGUGCGGAUUUGGAACACCAUGCAACAAUGACAACGCAUUUCAAUGGUACAAAAAAGCUGCCGAAAUUGGCGAUUCAUUAGGUCAACAAGAAGUCGGAUUUAUGUAUCAACAAGGCAUUGGCACUGACCAGAAUCUGAAAGAAGAAAUCAAAUGGUUCUCGAAAGCCUCGGAUGCCGGAAUGGCGAUUGCUUCGUACCAUCUCGCUGGUAAAUAUUUACGAGGAGAGAGAGUCAAGAUGGAUAAAUCGCGCGCAAUAGACCUUUAUAAAAAGUCCGCUGAGGCUGGAUUCAUUCAAGCAUACGCGGCUAUCGGCGAGAUUUUAUUAGAUCAAGUUCGAGAAAUAUUCAUCGAAGGUAACAAUCGAUUCGAAUACGAUGAUUUCAUCGAACUCCAAAUCAAAGCUUGGCUUUCCGAUAAAGAUACAACGCCCCAAAAGAUAUUCAGCUUAGCAGAAAAACGACAAGAUCAAAGUAAAUAUUGGACAUUGUUGGCAUUCUUUAAUUUGCGCGGAUUUGGAACACCACGCAACAACGACAACGCAUUUCAAUGGUAUAAAAAAGCUGCCGAAAUUGGCGAUUCAUUAGGUCAACAAGAAGUCGGAUACUUGUAUCAACAAGGCAUUGGCACUGACCAAAAUCUGAAAGAAGCAAUCAAAUGGUUCUCGAAAGCUGCGGAUGCCGGAAUGAUGAUUGCUUCGCGCCAGCUCGCUGGUAAAUAUUUACGAGGAGAGAGAGUCAAGAUGGAUAAAUCGCGCGCAAUGGACCUUUAUGAAAAGUCUGCUAAGGUUGCUACUUUAGUUUCUUCAUCUUCACAAAGGACAAUUUCAACAUUAUCUCCACAAAGGAAAGAAUGUAUCGUAUGUACGGAAAGUUUUGAUAUGACACAAUUAAUUCGAAUUUCGAUCGAUUGUCAGCAUGAGAACAAUAUCUGUCAAGAAUGUGUUGCAGGACAUAUUGAACAUGAGUUGCAAGAUAAAGGAAACACUGAAAUUAGAUGUCUAGAUGAAAAUUGCAGAAAUGUGAUGACCGAAGAUUAUGUCAAAAAAUUGGCCAGUGAAACAAUCUUCGAACGAUAUCAGCAAUUGUCACUUGUAUCGACACUUUCACAAAUAGAAGAUUUCUACUGGUGCUUAAAUCCAAAUUGUCAUUCUGGUCAAAUUCAUUACGAAGGAGUUGCAGCACCAAUAAUGACGUGUCAAUCCUGCUCAAAAAAAACAUGUGUUAUGCAUUUGCUUCCAAUUCCAGAUGGUUCAUUAAACUGUCCACAAUGCAUCAAUAUAUCCGAACAACAAGAGCUAAAGAGACAAGAAGAUUUGCAGAAAGAAAGAAAUAGGAAAAUGGAAGAAAAAUCAAAAGCCUAUAUUGAUUCUAUGACAAAAAAGUGUCCGAAAUGUAAUGCUAAUAUUGAGAAGAAUGAUGGAUGUGAUCAUAUGACGUGUCGCGCACCUAGAUGUGGAUAUGAGUUUUGUUGGCUUUGUUUCGCUGAUUAUGAUGCUAUUCGUAAAAAUGGAAAUGCACAUCACAUGCAAAAUUGCAAAUAUUAUGCUUAA